AUGGCAAGAUCUCAAGAGAACGACUUUCUCUCCAAGAUCAUCACCACCAGAACCAACGUAACAAUGGCCAACGAGCCCGGUGACUCUGCUGCGCGUAAAUUGAACGGCAGAUCUCCAGUUGCCCAUGCACUCUAUUGCAUCUUCAACAACGUUCAUCAAUGUUCUAGUCUACCCUCUAAGCCUGAGAUUGAUGAACCCUACUUCGCGACAGUUCCACUGGAACCCCGUCUCUUCGAGGACUUCCGCCCGCUACUGGACCAGGUCUUCCAGCACUACGAUUACAGCGUCAACGACGGCAUCGUAACCACUAGAGUGGGACCCAAGAACCACGAUCACUAUGCUACCGAAUUCGGCGUCUUGAUCCGCAAGCUGAUCGGUAGCUCUCUGGGCAGGGAACCCUACAAUGUCAGAGUCCAGCACUACCAAGACCGACAGACGAAUAUUCGUGAGUAUGGUAUGGCUUCGCCGAAGUUGGGUCGCAUGAGGAUUCGAUUGCGUGACCCUCGCGCCAAGAAGCCGGGCCUUGUCUUCCUUGUCGGAUAUUCUCAAAUCGAGGAUGCCCUUGAGAAGGUCGCCAAAGACUACAUCGUCGAGACCAAAGGCGUUGUCACUACAGUAGUCUGCUUCGAUAUCAAGGGUCACCAGCGCCCUUCAUCCACGUCCCUUUGGCUCACGAGACAGAAUCCCGAAUCGGAGACUGUUGAAGUAGUUUGCGCCAUGGAACCAGCGUUGUUUCAAGAUGCUGACGGUGACCAUGUCUUCAAUGACAAGUUUCUCAAACUCCGACUCUCCGACAUCCUGAUGGAGACGGAUUCGGACGAAUGCCCGCUCCCAUGGCUUCCCUUCCAUCAGCUCAGCUUCUAUCUCCAAAUGGCUAAGGCUUAG